AUGUCCUUCAAGGAGUUGGUCAAGCGGCGCUCGCUCAAGGCCGACGACAGUCGCCGUACGCGAGCCGCCGAAUUGACCCUGCGCCAGUCCAUCUAUCCCAUUUGUCUAGUGACCGUUUUGUUUUUUCUCUGGGGAUUUAGUUAUGGUCUCCUCGAUACCCUCAACAAGCAUUUCCAGGUGGUCCUGGGCAUCAAUCGAUCACGUUCCGCAGGCCUGCAGGCCGCCUAUUUUGGCGCGUACCCUCUGGCUUCAGUUGGUCACGCAGCUUGGAUCCUGCGACAUUAUAGCUACCGGGCUGUGUUCAUAUGGGGCCUGUGUCUGUAUGCGCUAGGCGCUCUGUUGGCCAUCCCGGCACUCAAGAACGAGAGCUUUGGAGGCUUUUGUGCUUGCAUCUUCAUUAUUGGUAAUGGUCUUGGGUCGCUCGAGACGGCAGCAAACCCAUACAUCACAGUCUGUGGCCCUCCAAGGUACUCCGAAAUGCGAAUCAACAUUUCUCAGGCUUUUAACGGCGUAGGCACCGUCAUUGCACCGGUUCUGGGCUCAUACGUCUUCUUCAACUUCAGUGAUGAGCGUGCGCUCGCGAAUGUCCAAUGGGUUUAUCUUGCCAUUGCCAUCUUUGUGCUCCUGCUCGCCGCACUAUUCUUCGUAUCUGAUAUUCCAGAAAUCACUGAUGCCGACAUGGAGUUCCAAGCUCAGGAAACGCAUGCCGGCGCCACGGACAAACCGUUCAUGAAGCAGUACAAACUAUUCCAUGCCGCCUUUGCUCAAUUCUGUUACACGGGUGCACAAGUGGCCGUUGCUAGUUUCUUCAUCAAUUAUGCUACGGCCACCCGUCCGGGCACUUCGGACGCCACCGGAUCCAAGCUCUUUGCUGGCGCGCAGGCAGCAUUCGCCAUCGGACGUUUUACCGGUGUCGGUGUCAUGAAAUAUGUUCGACCACGAUGGGUUUUUCUAGUAUUCAUCUCACUCUGCGUCGUCUUUCUCUGCCCGUCAAUAACUCAGCGCGGCAAUGUGGGCAUCUCCAUGCUCUAUGUUGUCUUGUUUUUCGAGUCUAUUUGCUUCCCUACCAUUGUCGCACUCGGCAUGCGAGGCUUGGGUCGGCAUACCAAGCGCGGCAGUGGCUACAUCGUCGGCGGUGUCGUCGGAGGUGCAGUUGUCCCGCCCGCAACGGGUGCCGCAGGAGAUACAUUUGGUGACGGCUACGCAAUGUUCGUCCCGUUGAUAUUCAUGCUUGUGGCUUGGACUUAUGCCGCAUGUGUCAACUUUGUUCCCACUUACAAGAAUGUCGUGGACUCUCUUGGAGAGGCCGAGAUUGGCAUUUUACAAGGGGCAGAAGACGAAGAAAACAAAACAUCGGCAUCAAACGAUGAGAAACCACCGGAGGCGCACGAAUAUCUGGGGCAUGCACCGAAUGGGAAGGCUAGCGCAGACCAACGCUGA